UGUGAGAAACUAUAGUGAGUAGAGAACAUUGUGGACGAAGCACAGUGCAGUUGUCGCGAUUUUUGGCCAGGAACGAAGAGCAUGGAGAAGAAGACGAUGAUCGGUGAUUUGAGCUGAGACCUUUUUCCCAUCUCUGGCGAUCUUUUUUGUCAUUAGAGUUCCAACCACAACUAGCCAGAGUGAAGGGCUUUUCCUUCCAUCUCCGGAGAUUCCCGUAACCAUGACCAUCCGCCAGAUCCAAUCGUUGCCACCAGUAAUCCUUGACUCCAGUCCUGAUUUAGCAUCGAUUCCAAUCCUGCAACAUUGUCAAUUCCAACCAACCUCCUACACAUGGAUCCACGACGAUUCUGCUCUUUUCGUCAAAUCUGAGACAACAUGAGCUUGGGAGUUCCCGACAGGAAGCAUUUUCAAGGUGAAUGAACACCAUCUUAAGGCAUUCCAUGAAGGAGUUGAGGAGACAUUCAAGGAGAAGAUGAGCUUUCAAGAUGCAACUACCCAACUUGAAAGGGGAGUGUGUUCUUUUUCAUUUCUUAUUUCCUUUCUUUCCCAUUUUUACAUAUGCAUGUUUGCUCGACUUUAGGUCGUUUAGUUUACUUAGUUUCAAUUUUGUGUGGUUGAAUAAGAAUCUCCUUGUGUGCUUCCUAGUAAUGUUUUUAGAGUUGUAAAAGUUUCUUAAAUUCGAUUGUCAAGUACUAGAUCAUUUGGCAUGAGUGGAUAAUCUACUUGCAUAUUUUCGGUUAGUAAGGUGAUGGAUCUUGUUUUGAACGAUUGAGUUUGAUGAUCAUGAAUACCUAGUGAGGACACUACUUCAAGCCUACAUUUUAUCUUCUUGUUGUGGGUUAUGCAUUUACAACAUGGAAAGUCUAGAAUUUGAAUUUGUUUUGCUUCUAUUUGAAAUUACAAUAACAUAUACAUGCAUGUAGUUUUGGUUAAGGUGGAUAGCCAGAAGCCUUAGCUGGGUAAACUGAUGAAUAGCCAGAAGUCAGUAUACUCGAUAAAGGACUUUUAUGUCUAGACGUUGGGAGAUAGCUAUACAGGAUUGGUAUACAAAAGCACCUACUGCAAACCUUGAGUACCUUGACCUUGCAAACUCAAAACCUACCACUAAGGAACUAGCUCAUAAUUUAGCAGUCAUAUUUGAUAGGUUAAGUCUGUCAAACAGAGUGAAUCUCAAAAACUUUAAGCAAAUCCAGGAGGAAGUCGAGCUGUUAAGGGAAGAAAAUCGUAAGCUAGUAAAAGAAAUCAAAACUUUGACUAAAGAAGUCAUACAGGAUAGAUCUGUAACAGAAAAACAGCUUGAAAAAAUAACUGUACAAAUCACUGAAAAACAUAAGCAGGAAGCUAGACAAGUUGUGUCCCUUUUUGAACAACUAAAAAGGAAACUUGAUCUAGUAGAAGCUUCAUUACAGAAGAUAGGGGCUUGGGCCUCUUCAUGAGCUACAUAAAUACACAGAGUACAAGCUCUUACAGGGAAGCCCUUCAAGCAACCGAAGCCAUAGAAGCGCCUGCUCUCGGAUUCUAUAGACCUGCAGAUCACAAAGGAGCAAUUAGUGGAACAAUCGCCUCAAUUAAGCAGGCCAACACUCAGAUCCAACUAUUAGUCACAAUAUUUGAGAAGCUUGAAAAUUUGGAAGAUCGAAUUCGAAGAAUUGAAGAAAGGACAAAAGUGAGCCAAGAGGUAAAUCUACCAGAAGCUAUUGUUCAAGAAUUAUCUAAUAAAAUCAAAGGCUUAUCUCUUAAAGAAAAGGCAAGUGAAGGACAAGGGAAGCUGCUAGUAUUUAAAGACCCUUAUAAGCUUUUUCAAGAAUAGAAGAAAAGAUGACUACCAGAGCAGAUCCUCCAGUAGCUACAAACUCAAGAACAAAUACCGAAGGAGUAUCUCUCUUUGAAGAUCAAGUACGAAACUAUAGGCAAAAUCAAAGAAGAAGAUAUAUGGCUGGAAGGGCAUUGCAAAGGAUGGCACGAAGAAUAACAGGCAGAGAACCUUAUGAAUACACUCUUGAACAGCAAUUAGAUCCUCAGGUACAAUUAAGACAAUCUAUGCAGGAGAGAGCUGCCUUAGUACCUGCUGAAGUUCUUUACCAUUCCAGAAGGGAUGAUGCGCACCACAGUGUGUAUGUACACAGAUCGGAAGAAGCUAUUCUAGUUACAACCAAUCAAAUUGACAGAUCUUUUAUUCAAGAAGAGAGUUUUCAUCAACUUCAAAGAAGCAGAAUGAGAUUCAUCCAUAUGGGAAUCAUACAAGUUAGAGUCCAAAUUCUUCACCGACAAGAAGAAGGAACUUUAUUAUUAGUGGUAUUUCGUGACAACAGAUGGCGGGGAGAUCAAGCAAUAUUUGCUGCGAUGGAAAUUGAUCUCACACACGGAAGCCAAUUAGUGUACGUAAUCCCUGAUACAAUGCUAACUAUAUCUGAUUUUUAUCAAAAUAUACAGAUAUCUAUUUUAGCAAGGGGAUACGAAGGCUGGCGCAAUGGUGAAGCUAAUAUCUUGAUUACACGAGGGAUGGUUGGACGAUUAUCCAACACACCAAAUGUUGGAUUUGCAUAUGAAGUCCAAAAUGUUGUUGAUUAUCUUGCCAGCCAUGGAGUUAGAGCUUUACCUGGAAGACGAUAUAGCACAAGCGAAUUUAUGGGGCAAAAUUGGAUCAUUCGACCCUCUACUAUAAAUAUCCCACUUCAACCCACGGAGGUAACCACUAAUACUCUUAUUGAUGGCAGAAUUUCAAUGCAAUUUGAAAAUUAUCAGACAGCAAGGACAGCAAUGCAACCAGAAUACAAUAAUGCGGAUCAAGAAAUUGAUAAUGAUGAAGAAAGAAUGCAUUUAGUAGCCGUCCUCGUUUCUGAACAAGAUCAUCUAGUUGCGGAACCUGAGGAAGUCCUUUAUAUUAAAAAGGGAAGUAUAACUGCACAAACUCCAAGGAGAGCAUCAAAGGGUGCAGCAGGAUAUGAUUUAGCCAUUGACAAAGAUUAUGUUAUUUCACCACGAGGGCAAGAAUUAUUAAGCACAGGAAUAAGUAUACAAGUUCCUGAAGGUACUUAUGCAAGGAUUGCAGCCCGAUCAAGUUAUGCAUUUCAAGGACUGAUUAUAGGAGCUGGCGUUGUUGAUUCAGACUUCAGAGGUGAAGUAAAAAUUAUUGUAUAUAAUUUCUCUGACAACACUUUAUUUCUCAAAGCAGGAGAAGCUGUGGCACAACUUAUUCUUGAAUGUUAUAAAACUCCUAUGGUAAUGCCUGUCCGUGAACUAAAUAUGACCUCUAGAGGGGAAAGAGGUUUUGUCUCAACCACUCCUGAUAAGGAACAACGUAUAAAGAUACAGAAAAACGAAGAAAUGAGUUAUUACAAGCAAGGAACCAAAAGCAGCAAAUGACCUUGGACAACAAAAGAUCCUCCAUAACUUCAAAACAGUAUAGGCAGGAGAUUUUUAAUGAAGGCUUGAAAUAUUUUACACCUGACAAUAUUUGGGAUCUACUUCAACCACACUCUUCUACUUCAGUCGAAGAGCCGGAGUAUGUUGACUUCCUGGAUAAACAUCAUUUUCUAUGUACCAACCCUGAAGACGAAGAAACUCCUGACGAUGAUUAUAUACAAUACCUGCAGUACUUAAUGUUGGCACCAGGUACUUCGGUUACUAAUUCUGCUGAUGAUUUUACCAAUCCUUUCGCAGCAGUAGGUGGUGGGAAGGAAACGGAGUUGUUCCUUGCUGCAGGACAAGAAAUAGAAGAAACUUGGCUCAUGGACUACCCACAAUUACAACAAUUGUCUGAGCAAAUUUAUUCUCAAGAGGCUGUUUCUCAGUACUGACCUCCUAUUGAUACUACAAUGAACCCAGUCGGAUAUCCGCCAACCAGACCCAAACCGGAGCCAAUAAGUGUUGCAAGGGAGCCAUCUCAAGGUUAUUAGGGUAAAGGACGUUUCAAAGCAACUGAUGUUUCUGAAUGGUGGAAUUUACCAUCAGCACAACAACAAACAGGGGCAAUAUUAACUCUCCCAACACAGUUAGGAAAAAUCGAAGAAGUAUUUUUACGAUGGGAAGCUAUUACAAAAAAUGUUGUUGCUCUUCAAAAUUUUGCAGAUACUCAAGACAAAGCAGAUUUUAUUGAGAAUCUAUUGGGAGAAUCUGAGCGAUUAACAUGGAUACAAUGGCGAAUGACCUUCCCCAAUGAAUAUGCUGAAUUAGUCAGAUCAGCAGAUGGACGCAAUGGUACGCAAAAUUUAAUAUCUCAAAUAAGACGUAUUUUUAUUCUUGAAGACCCAUUCCAAGGAUCCACUGAAAUGCAAGAUAGGGCGUACCGAGAUCUUGAAAGAUUAACUUGUUUACAAGUCAAAAAUGUUAUUCCUUUCAUGAAUGAAUAUAUGAACUUGGCUGCAAAAACAGGACAUUUAUUCACAGGGCCUGAAUUAUCACAAAAAUUUUGGCUAAAGCUACCCGGAGACUUGGGAAAGAGAAUUAAGCAAGCCUUUGAGGAAAUGUAUCCAGGUAACACUAUGGGGGUACACCCUCGCAUUAUUUUUGCAUAUAGAUAUUUAGAGGAGGAAUACAAAAAGGCUGCCUUUAGCAGAUCCUUGAAAGAUUUGUCCUUCUGUAGUCAAAUUCCUAUACCAGGUUUCUAUCAGGAUUCAAAAAGAAGAUAUGGAGUCAGAAAAUCAACAACCUAUAAGGGCAAGCCUCACCAAUCUCAUGCCCGUAUAGAAAAGAAGAAACACUUAAUCCGAAAUAAAAAGUGUAAAUGUUUUCUUUGCGGAGAAGAAGGCCACUUUGCUCGAGAUUUGCUUUAUAAAAACACAAAAAGAGUUGCCAUGUUUGAAGGAUUGGAACUUCCUGAAGAUUACGAAAUAAUGUCCGUGCAGGAAGGAGAAGAACAGUCAGAUGCAAUAUAUAGUAUUUUUGAAGGGGAAGACAACCAGGUAUUGUCUUUAGCAACAGAAUACUUAUGUGUUUUUAUAGAGGCAAGAAAUUGUUAUAUGAUAGGGAAGCAUGGAGGAUGGCAACCAAUGGUUAGAGUCACAAAGGAACAACAUGAUUGCACUCACAUAUGGUUAAUCAAUGAUGAUAUUCCAUAUCCUUAUGAGAAAUGCCAUUGCUGCAAAAGGGAGACUAUGCGGAAGCAUCGAGCACAUUGCACUCUUUGCAAAAUAACAACCUGUGGUAUGUGCUCAGACAAUUAUUUUAAUAUGCAAAUACCUGUACAACGUACAACAUCUAUUCCUUAUAAUCCUACAAGCCUAAUUAAAGAGCAGCAAGUUUAUAUAGCCUGGGCAGAAGCUGAAAUUACCAGGCUGCAACAGGAGGUUGAGACAUCUCAUGCAAUGGCUGAACUCCAGAUUAGUCAGAUAAAAAGAGAAUUCCAAAAGGUAAAGGAGGAAUUUCUUAUGCAAGCAUCCGCAGACAGAUUAGAAAUUGAUACUGAAAUUGAAGAACUGAGGUUCAAAAUAGAUGCUCUAGAAUUAGAAAAUAGAGAUUUGAAGAAAUUACUGCACAAUCAAAAUGAAGAAGUAAAUAUGUUUAUCACUGAAGGAAGGGAAAAGGUGUUUUCAGCUGAAGAAGCUUCUUUACCGAAGAAAAGAACAAAUGGACUCUUCAAUCUCGAAGUGGAAAUCUAUAUUCCAGGUAUCAAAGAAUUUAAAGUUCAUGCUAUUCUUGAUACAGGUGCAACCACAUGCUGUAUUGAUCAGGGAUCUAUUCCAAUUGAAGCCAUUGAGGAUAACACUUUCGUAGUAAAUUUCAGUGGUAUCAAUUCUAAAACAACAGCCAACAAGAAGUUAAAUAUGGAAAUAUGAAGAUUGGGGAUCAUUCUUUCCGCAUACCCUACACAUAUGCUUUUCCCUUAUCUAUAGGAGGCAACAUUACAAUGAUUCUUGGCUGUAACUUCAUCAGAUCCCUUUAUGGCGGUAUUCGUAUUGAAGGCGAUGAGGUAACAUUUUAUAAAAAUAUCACCACUAUUAAAACUCAUCAGAAUAUUGUUUCAACAGCAGCAAUCGAAGAGCUUGACCUAGAAGAGGAGGAAUACUAUCAGAUAAAGGAACAAGUUUGCACUUGGCAAGGUGAACCAAAUAUUAAAGGAAUUAUCAAGGAAUUAUCUGAUACAGGCUACAUUGGCAAUGAUCCUAUGAAAUACUGGUCAAAGAAUCAAAUCAAAUGCACACUGGAAAUCAAAAAUCCAGAUUUGAUUAUUGAGGAUAGACCCUUAAAACAUGUCACUCCUCAAAUGCAGGAUUCAUUCAGAAGACAUGUCCAGGCUCUCCUAGAUUUAAAGGUUAUUAGACCAAGCAAAAGCAAGCACCGCACCACAGCCAUAAUAGUCCAUUCAGGAACCACUAUAGAUCCUGCAACCAAGAAGGAGAUAAAAGGAAAAGAAAGAAUGGUCUUCAAUUACAAAAGGCUUAAUGACAACACCCAUAAAGACCAAUAUAGCUUGCCAGGGAUCAAUACCAUCAUCAAGCGAAUUGGAGGAAGUAAGAUCUAUUCUAAAUUUGAUCUAAAGUCCGGAUUUCAUCAAGUAGCCAUGGACCCAAGUUCUAUUGAAUGGACUGCCUUCUGGGUACCUGAUGGAUUGUAUGAAUGACUAGUAAUGCCAUUUGGGCUCAAAAAUGCACCAGCCAUUUUUCAGAGAAAAAUGGACAAUUGUUUUAAAGGUACGGAAGCAUUUAUAGCAGUUUAUAUUGAUGACAUACUUGUUUUUUCCAAAACAGAAGAAGAGCAUAAGGAGCACCUCAAAACUAUGCUUAAGAUAUGCAGAGCCAACGGGCUAAUCCUAAGCCCUACAAAAAUGAAAAUUGGUAGUUCAAAUAUUGAUUUUCUUGGGGCAACUAUUGGGCAGGCAACUAUUAAACUUCAACCUCAUAUAAUCUCUAAGAUCGCUGAUUUUAAUGAGCAGGAGCUUUCUACAACCAAGGGUCUUAGAUCUUGGUUAGGCCUUCUAAAUUAUGCCAGGGGUUAUAUUCCCAACCUUGGGAAAUUAUUAAGUCCAUUAUAUUCAAAGACAAGCCCUACUGGAGAAAAAAGGAUGAACUCACAAGACCUAAAGCUAAUCAGGAAGAUCAAGAAGAUAAUCACUGAAUUGCCAGAUCUCUCAAUUCCCCCAGAAACAUGUUAUAUAAUUAUUGAAGCUGACGGUUGCAUGGAAGGCUGGGGAGGAAUAUGCAAGUGGAAGAUGAAAAAAUAUGAUCCAGCAUCAGAAGAAAAAGUAUGCGCAUAUGCUAGCGGCAAAUACUCCCCAGGAUGAUGAAGGAUUUUUUACCUCACUCUUUGAUUUUCUUUUCCAUUCAAAGUUCUACAGUUCUACUUUUCUCUCAUCAUUCUUGCUUGAUCUUAUUUCAUUGGAAGUGUUGGAUUAUUCUUGAUGAGUUUCAUUGUCCGAGGCGGCCAAAGUUCUCAGUGAGUGUCAACUUCUUAGAAAACUUGCCUUUGAGCCGGAUUUUUUAUUUCUGGAUAUGCAUGUUCAAGCUAUGUAAUUGGUUCGAGAGAAUGCUGGUGAAUAGAUUAAAGUUUAUUGGAAAAGGUCGACAACUUACAGGGAAUCGAGCAGGAAAAGGAUCGUGAUAGAGAAGCGAAGGCAUCAGUUAUUAGAGCUUAUUGAAAAAAACAAACAGAGAAGACAAAAGUUCCAGUUGGGAUCACAAGUAAACUGUUUAAUGGCUGUAAUUUGGAGGAAGUUUGCUGUUUUUUGUUUUUCUCUUCUUGGUUAAAGCUAUUGGUGUCGUAUUAACUGGAACUGCACAAACAAUACCUAGCACAUCAUAUGGAGGCUGAUUAGCAACCUGGACUGUUUUGUGCCAAUCCAAUCUGCAAUUCUCUGAAUGGAUUCAACCAAAAUUCACAGAAAAUUGUUGAGUUGAAUUCUUGAGUUUCUUAAUUGAUGUUUAUGUGUUGUUAGGGAGUUCAGAACAAUGAGCUAAUUGUGUUUACUUACUUUGGUCUAUGCAAGGACUUCAGUUCUAAGUUGUGACAAAUCAGAGGUGAAGCAAGGAAAUUAAGGGCAUUUUCAGAAAACAUUUUUAGAGUGCUGCUGAAGAAUGCAUGAAUUCUGUUGUUUAACUUGUUAAGCUUAUCUUGCUGUUGUAGUUGCUUAGGGAACUGAUCUAUUAGUUUAAGGAAGCAUAACAUUUGUGAAGAUAUCAUAACCUCUCCUCAAUGGAGCAUGCAUACUUGGUAGACAAUGGAACCAUCCGUUAUCUGGAAUUGACAAUGCAGGAGAAUGCAUUGUAAAAAAAAAACUUGAAGAACUGUUGUGUAUCAAGUCUGUUUUGGAGGUUUCUAAUCAGUAAGUAGUCCAAGUGAAAUUGAUGAUCUUCCAUUACUAUUUGGUGUCCCAAUCUUUUCAAGUCUUCCAUGAUUUUAAGUAUGCAACUAUAAUGGAUGAGAAUUCCGAAUUAGUUGGAUUAAGUUGCUGAACGUAUUGUGUAGUGAAGUCCUGGUUGCAGAUGCUAAGAUUGAUGUUAGUAGGGAAUUGGUGGUCUCCAGAACUCAACAGAACUUUAAGUUUCUGAAAAAUCAGUUGUACGAUUUUGGAUGAAGAGUUAACUGAUGCAUGAGUAUGGGUUAAGGAAAAUAUUGCUGUGAGUUCAGUGGUUUUUCACCCAUACAAUUAAAAGGAAUAGCAAAGAGGUCAACUGGAGUUCUGAAUCUGUACCAGCAAAAUAAAAUCUGUUUUAGUGCCAAUUCUUUAUGUGGAAUUAAUACCAGUAACAACUUGAAUUCAAGUUUCCAUCUAUUCAGUGUUGAAUGAUAUCCUUUUCCGAACUUAACUCUUCAUGAUCCAAGCUGAAAUAAUUUUGAAUUCAGAAUACUGAAACUCAAGUCUGAAGGGAAGAAAAAAACUGGAAUUCAGAAAUCAGUUGCAUUGCUGGGAUUAUGUGGUAUGAAUUCUAAACUGGAUUUUUGAAUUUCUGAGGUGUAUCAUUUGGUGUUCCUUCUUUUCCAAUGCCUCACCUGAUUCAAACCCUGGACCUCUUAAAAUCUAAAUUCAUGGAACUGAUUUUCAUUCAUAAUCAGUGAAGAGUCUAGGUGUGGCUCUUAAAUUCUUAAUUGUUACUUGGUGCUCACUUUUAGUCAUCCGGCCAUGAAUCCAGAGCUGGCAACCCCAGUGACCUUGAUCUCUGAAUUUUCCAGAUAACCUGCAGUGCAGGAAAAGCAGGAAAGGAGUCAGGGGGUAAUAGAACUGUCAUGAGUUGAAAUUUGAGGAAUUGUUGUAGAAUGAAUGGAUUCUUCACCCAUGCAAUAAGAAUGAAGUUCUCAAGCCAUGCAUGAUUUAGCCUUAGAUCUAUUUGAAUCUGAAUUUCAGAGGUUGAACUCCAAUUUUGGAGUUUUUUGGUUGUGUGGGUUCAUUAGAAAUAGUGACACGUUGAAGAGUAUCAAGUUGAGAAGGUAGAGUACCAAGAUCUUCGGAUAGCUAUCUGUUCAGAAGGAAACUUAACUAAAUCUCUUGUUCUAUCAUUGGAUAAAUGGUGUUCCUUGUUUUUCAAGUGCUUAUCAAAUUGGUUACUCAACAGGAUUAUUGUUCCUAAACUUCCACUUCAUUCGCUCUUCAUCUUUGGCCUAUUUUUCUUGUUCAUCCUAUUCUCCUUCUUAAUUUUUAAUAAUCCUUUUGAUUCAUGCUAUUUGUGUGUGCUAUAGUGGUGGAGGAUUAGAAAAUGAGCAAAUAUAUGGUAGCGAAGUGUUACGAGUUGCAUUGAGUGGAACUCCAACUCCGUGCAUGAUUAGAUGUGUGAUAGUGACAGUAAACAUUUAACCGUUGAGAUGUUAUCAUUCGAGCUGUUGAAGUUACCUUGCUUGUUGAUUAAUGUAGGAAGUGAAUCUGUAAAUGUUUGAUCUUUUUGAUAGUCAUGGAUAAUUACCUUUUCACUAUUCUAAAGAUAUUGCUAAGGA